AUGGACCACCCCCAGGCUGGGAGACUGGCUCCUGCCUGCCACAGUCGGGCCAGCAGCCCGCUGCGCACAACCAGGCCCGACCCCCCAGGACAAGGCACAGGCAGUGCUGGCUCAGCACACAGGGCCAGCGGGGUGGCCAGGCCAGAGCACAGCCGGCGUCCAGCAAUGGAGAGCAGCGAUGACACCGAGGAGCCCCCACUGCCUCUGGCACUGAGCAGGUUUCAGGUCUCCGAGGAGUUUGGCUUCCUGCUUCCCGACCCUCUGACAGAGCUGCCGGCACCCUACGGCCCCUGGAUGGACCUCGCCCAUGAGCUGCCCCAGCUGAUCACGAGCCAUCAGCUCCGCUCGCGAGUUCACCAGAUGCCGCAGCUGAACACCCAGCACCUCCAGGGACGUGAGGAGCUGCACUUGGCACACCUGGUGCUCAGCUUCAUCACCAUGGGCUACGUCUGGCAGGAGGGCGAGGAGGGCACCGUGCAGGUCCUGCCCCGAAAUCUCGCUGUUCCCUACUGGGAGGUGUCCCAGGCCCUGGGCCUCCCGCCCAUCCUCAGCCACGCAGACUUUGUGUUGGCCAACUGGAGGAGGAAGGACCCCAAUGGGCCUCUGGAAAUUGAGAACCUGGACACGAUCAUCACUCUGCCUGGGGGAGAGAGCCUGCGGGGCUUCAUCCUUGUCACCCUGCUUGUUGAGAAGGCAGCUGUGCCUGGCAUUAAGGCAAUCGUCCGGGCCCUUGGUGCCAUCCUGCAGAGUGAUGAGGAGACCCUGCACAGAGCCCUGGAGGAGCUGGCAGGGGCCAUCGAGGCCAUGAGUGAGGCACUGAGGCGGAUGCACGACUAUGUGGAUCCAGAAGUAUUCUACUCUGUCAUCCGGAUCUUUCUUUCUGGCUGGAAGGACAACCCUGCCAUGCCACACGGGCUCAUCUACGAGGGGGUGUCCCCGGAGCCCAUGGCGUUCUCGGGGGGCAGCGCGGCGCAGAGCACGGUCCUGCACGCCUUCGAUGAGCUCCUGGGGAUCUGCCACCGGCAGGACACUGCUGCCUUCCUGCACAGGAUGAGGGACUACAUGCCCCGGCCGCACAGAGCGCUGCUGCGGGAGCUGCAGGGCGCCGUGUCCCUGAAGCAGUGGCUGCUGUCCUCGGGGGAUGCGCGGCUCCGCGCCGCCUUCAACCGCUGCGUGUGCGCGCUCACGGACUUCAGGUCCCACCACAUCGCCAUCGUCACCAAGUACAUCGCCAUCGCGGCGGCCAAAGCCAAGGCCAGGCGGGCACAGCCCAGUGCCAGGGCUGGCCCCUCUGCGGGGAAGCCCCCGGCUGCCCUGGAGGCCAAAGGGACCGGCGGGUCCCACAUCUUCAGCUUCCUGAAGAGCAUCAGGGACACCACCAGGGAGGGGAUGAUAAGUGCCUGACCUACCCCCAGGGUUGCCCAGAGUGGGUGGAGGAGGCCAAGGGGCAAAGCGCGAGCCAAGAUCCAAAACCUGCCGUGGGCAGCGGCCUUCCCACCCGUGCACGUGCGGGACACGAGGAACACGCUCGGGGCUGCUGGGAGAGAACAGCGCCGCUGCUGCCGCCUCCCCCAGCAGCACACAGCGAGCUCAGCACCCUCCCCUGGCACCGGCACGGCCACAGUGUCCUCCCACGGCACCGACGGCAGCGCAUC